AUGUCAUUUCCACCAUUACAAAACCCUAAUUUGGAAGGGUAUCAUAUCACAAGAGCAAUGUGGAUGGAAUAUUAUAAUCCUCACCAAAAAACUUUUAUUGCAAGACAAAAAUGUAGUGGAUGUUAUGAUGAUUCUAAAUUUGUUGUUUGGGCAGUAUCUGUAGGCGUUCAAGCCAUAGUUGAUGCUUCAAGAAUUUAUCCAGAAAUGCAACCAUUAAUUGCACCAGCAGUUGCCAUAUUUCAAAAAUAUAAAAAUAACAGUAUCAAAGGUUAUUCAGCUGCGGAAAAUAGUGGAACUGAUAAAGACAUUUAUUAUGAUGAUGAUGCACAAGUUGCAAGUGCUAUAUUAACAGCUUAUGAAGUUACUGGUGAUAAACAAUUUUUAGAUUCAGGCAGAGAAUUAGUUAGAUUUUUAAUGGGUGGUUGGAAUGAUAAACCAAAUGCAGUUACAAAAGGUGGUAUGCAUUGGCACGUAUCAAAGACAUUAUUGAAUUCAUGUACUACUGCAGAAGUUGCUAAAGCAUGUUUACAAAUUUCUCAAUAUAUUCCAGAUGAAGCACAAAUUUAUAUUGAUUUUGCUGCAAAAUGUAUUGAUUGGCAAAUUAAAGUAUUACAAGAUCCUUCAGAUAAAUUAAUUAGAGAUGGUGUUGGUGAUGAUGGUGAUAAAGUAGAUGAUGCGAAAUGGUCUUAUAAUACUGGAACUACAUUAUCAGCAGCUGCUCAUUUAUAUAAAGUUACAAAAGAUAAAAAAUGGUUAGAUAUUGCCAAUGAUUUAGCAGAAGCAAGUAUAAAUCAUAAUUCUUUCUUUUACGAUAGAGAUUUCCCAGAUCAAUUGAGGUAUUGGAGAGAUUCUUCAUAUUUUGUACAAUUAUUAAUUGAAGGAUUAGCUGAUUAUUUAUUAUAUGUUGGUAAUGAUGUACCACAAGGAUUACCACAAAGAAUUUAUGAAGAAAUAAAAAGACAUCUUAUAAUGUUUUAUGAAUUUAUGAAAGAUCCAAAAGAUGGAAUGUAUAUUCAAAGUUUUGAACCUCAUAACACAUACAAACAAGUUUAUGAUCAAAAAUAUCAUCAAUGGUUUGGUGAUGGUAAAGGUUGGGGUUUAAAAGGUGAAGAUAAAAAUGGUGAUUCACCACAAAAAUGUCUUAUGGGUUAUGGAUCAGCUGCAAGAAUCUUUUUUCAAGGUGCUAGAGUAGUUCCAAAAAUUGAUUAA